UUGGCGAUCCCACUGGUGUUCAAGUACGGCUGACAAAUGGAACGUUCAGGCCAUGACGCUAACUGCACGUUUCAGGUAGGAAGCGACGGCGCAAUUCCCAAGGGCAGUCUCAAUGGGUCUGGAUAACCAAUGCCGCGGUGAGCGCGGAACUCCACCACGUAUCCACCUUACAGACCGUCAUCGGUUCGGCAUCGACAGGCAACCAUCGCGGAGUUAGGGCGGGAUGAUCGACAGGCGGAGUUCGGGAAUAAGAAGCUUCGGGAAGUAUAAGAAGCUUCGGCAUCGCUAGCUGCAAUCCCGCAUCUCGAGUUCCCCGCGAUCUUUUUGAACACCAACGCCCCCCUCAGCAACAUCAAACAAAAUGGCCGACAACAAGUUCGACCCCGAGUACUUCCAGACCAUCCGGCCUUUGAUAGCGCUCAAAGAAUCCCUCCCGCCUCCCGUCCCCACCACCGACAUCGACUCCCUCCGCGCCAACAGUGCCAGCUUCGAGCUCGUCCUCGCCGCCAUCCCCGACUCCCCCGACAUCACCGAGACCACCUACCAAAUCCCUUCCAAGGACGGCACUCUGAUCACCCUCUACCGCUUCACCCCGGCGGCGGCGGCGGCAACCCCUGGCCCUCGUGCUGCAGUGCUCCACCACCACGGCGGCGGCUUCAUCCAAAACACCGUCGACCAAUUCCGCAAAGACAUAAAGCGCUACGCGCACGGCAGCGGCCUCACCUUCUACGCCGCCGAUUACCGUGUCGCGCCCGAGCACCCUUUCCCCGCCCCCUUUGAUGACUGCUACGCCGCCCUGGAAUGGCUCCACGCCAAUGCCGCUUCGGAGCAGAUUGAUCCGGCACGCAUUGCCCUUUUCGGCAUCAGUGCCGGCGCUGGGAUUGCUGCGGCCGUUGCCCUCAAGGCGCGUGAUGACAAGGUCUCGCCGCCCAUCAAGAAGCUGGUGCUGGCGUACCCGAUGUUGGAUGAUAGGACGUAUUGGCCCGAGGAGCAUCCGUUGAACCCGUACCUGAUGUGGACGGGCGCCUUUAACAGGAUUGCGUGGGGGGCCUAUGCGGGUGCGGAUGGCGUGAAGGAGAUCUCGCCAUAUGCUGCGCCGGCAAGGGCGAAGGAUUUGUCAGGACUGCCACCAACGUACAUCGACUGCGGCGAGCUGGACUUGUUCAGGGACGAAGACGUGGAGUUUGGUGCCAGACUGCUCAAGGCUGGCGUCAGUGUAGAGCUGCACUUGUACCCUGGAGUUCCGCAUGCGUUUGAAAUGGUGGCAGUGGACAUUCGGGUCUCGAAGCUUGCAUUCGAGAACAGAGUUCGGGCACUGGAAAAUCUGUGAACUGAUAAAUAAUUGUUG